AUGGUGAUGGUGGCGAGGGAGUGCGAUGGUGGAGAUGGUAAGGGUGGUAGUAAUGGCGACAAUAGUGAGGUGGAGAGUAGAUUUGGUGGUUUGGCGCCUAAAGGCCGCCGCUGCCAUGAGAACCCCAUUACAUCCUCCUCCUCCGCCACCACUGCCUCUUCAGUUUCUUCCGCCUCCUCUACUUGUCAGCAAAGUUGUAGAUUUGAUACGCCGAUUAUAGUCUCCCCGGAAAAUUCUUGGUGCUGCCUUGCUUCUAAACCACCGCCUUUGCCGGCGGCUGAGGGAACUGUUACUUCAUCGUCGUCAUCACUGUCAUGCUCUUCAUCAGAUCUGUAA